AUGCUCAGCCGCUCUCUACGAGCGACAGUCCUCGCCUCUCGACGCACAGUCGUAUUACACCCAUUUCCCGUCUCUGCACAUAUACUCGCACGCACAUACGCCACUCCUGCCGAUAAUAACAAUGGCAAGCGGGACGAGAAGCGCGACGUAGAGGACAAGGAGAAGAGAAAGGACGACGACUCGGAGCUGUCCGGCCUCGAGGGCUUCUUCCGCCGCUACCAUCAGCAGCAGAACGAGCAGAAGAACGCCGGAGAGAAGAAUUCUGGCAACGGGAACCGCAACCCGCCCCCACCGCCUGGCGGAAACCAGCAACCCAACAUUAACAAUCUCCUCCUAUGGACGAUAGCUGGGACCGUGUUGUGGAAUCUCACAUCCCCGGGCUCUGCCGGCUCGCGCGAGAUCACCUGGCAGGAGUUCCGGACCGCCUUCCUCGACAAGGGCCUCGUCGACAAGCUCACCGUCGUGAACAGGAGCAAAGUACGCGUCAAGCUGCACUCGAACGCGACGGGCCAGAUGUACCCCUCGGCGUUCGGUGCUGGCGAGUACUACUUCUCUAUUGGCUCGGUCGAGGCCUUCGAGCGCAAGCUGGAGGAGGCCCAGGACGAGAACGGCGUCGGCUCCAACGAGCGCAUCCCCGUCGCGUACCACGACGAAAUUUCCGCCGUCGGCACACUGCUAUCGUUCGCUCCCACCAUCCUCUUCGCUGGCUUCCUCUUAUGGAUGUCUCGCCGUGGUGCCUCGUCUGGCGGCGGGCCAGGCGGCAUCUUCAACAUUGGCAAGAGCAAGGCGAAGAUGUUCAACAAGGAUACGGACGUCAAGGUCCGCUUCCGCGAUGUCGCUGGCAUGGACGAGGCGAAGGAGGAGAUCAUGGAGUUCGUCAAGUUUCUUCAGGAGCCGGCGAAGUAUCAGAAGCUCGGAGCCAAGAUUCCCCGCGGCGCCAUCCUCUCUGGGCCCCCCGGUACCGGAAAGACGUUGUUGGCAAAGGCGACAGCAGGCGAGGCCAACGUGCCCUUCCUCUCGGUGUCUGGCUCCGAGUUCGUGGAGAUGUUCGUCGGUGUUGGUUCAUCGCGUGUCCGCGACUUGUUCCAGUCAGCUCGCAAGAACGCACCAUGCAUCGUCUUCGUCGAUGAGAUAGACGCUAUCGGCAAGGCGCGUAGCAAGGGCGGCUUUUCGGGCGGUAACGACGAACGCGAGUCAACGCUCAACCAGCUCCUCGUCGAGAUGGAUGGAUUCGGCACAAACGAGCACGUUGUCGUGCUUGCUGGUACCAACAGGCCAGAUGUGCUCGACCCUGCGCUCAUGCGUCCCGGGCGUUUCGACAGGCAUAUCGCCAUCGACCGCCCAGAUGUUGGUGGACGCAAGGGCAUCUUCGAAGUCCACUUGAAGCCCCUUCGUCUUUCGCCAGACCUGCCCGCGCUCGACGCCUUCGCUCAGAAGCUCGCUGUGCUCACGCCCGGCUUCUCUGGCGCUGACAUUGCCAAUGUGUGUAACGAGGCAGCGUUGCACGCUGCCCGUCACGGUCAUGAGCAUGUUCUUGAGCGCGACUUUGAGACCGCUAUUGAGCGUGUCAUCGUCGGUCUCGAGCGCAAGUCGCGCGUUCUCAGCCCGCAGGAGAAGAAGACCGUUGCGUACCACGAGGCGGGUCACGCUGUCUGCGGAUGGUUCCUUGAGCAUGCCGAUCCAUUGCUCAAGGUCAGCAUCAUUCCUCGUGGAGUCGGUGCUUUGGGCUAUGCGCAAUACCUCCCCCCAGACCGCUAUUUGCUCUCAACCCCGCAGAUGUUGGACCGCAUCUGCAUGACCCUUGGCGGACGCGUGUCAGAGGAGAUAUUCUUUGGCUAUGAGAACAUCACGACCGGCGCUCAGGACGACUUGCAGAAGAUCACCAAGAUGGCAUUCGAAGCGUGUGCAAACUACGGCAUGAACGACAUCAUUGGGCCCGUCUCGUAUGGUGGCCGGAAGGGCUCUGAGGAGAGCUUAACCAAGCCCUUCAGCGAGAAGACCGCUGAGAUGCUCGACUUCGAGGUCCGCAAAAUGAUCACCGAGGCGCAUGCGCGCACCAAGAAGUUGUUGACAGACCACCGGGAAGAUGUAGAGAAGGUCGCGAAGCUAUUACUUGAGCGGGAAGUCAUCACCCGUCUGGACAUGCGCAACAUGCUCGGCAAGCGACCGUACGGUCGUGGAGAUGACAUGGACAACUGGCUUGAUGAGCAUCAGCACGGCAGCGAAAGCAGCGCUCCUCCGCCGCUUGAACGUCCUGUUGACCCAGAGCCCACGCCCGAGCCUACGCCUGGCGUUGCCAGUUCACCACUUCCGCGUGGCCCUGACGCGCACCCAUAA